CGUUAGCGCACCUUCACUUCAGCACUCCAUCCCAGCUCGCACGCACCUGUCCAUUCGUUUCCCGUGUACUUCCCCCUCAUCAUGCCCACCGAAUUCGAAAUCCGUCAGCGGAACGCGAAGUUCGCAGCUGCAGCGCGUUCAGGGAAGAAGCCCACACACGCUUCCAGGCAGGAUAAGCUCGCGAAAAAGAGCCCUGUAUCGACAUGGACACUGGGCAUUAUCAUCUUUGUUGUCAUGGGGGGAGUGCUGUUCGAGCUCGCACGGCUUAUAUUCCUUUAGGAUUUGGAGACAAUAUAUUGUCAUUUGUGCCAUACUAUCCAUGCUUGUACGCGACGUCGCGACGUCGCGGUCGAUAUAUUGGGAAUUGCUACAAGCACUGUCGACUUGAGUCCAUCUGCGCAAGCUGCCUCCUUCCCCGGACCCUUCCUCUCAGCUGGCUCCGCUCUGACUGCCUUCAUAUGAUUAUGGGAUUCAUACAGCCCUCUGGUUUCCCUGAGAGUCGUCACCCGAUGUGCAAUUUCAUGCAAC